GACCACCAGCGCUGCAAUGAGAGUUAUUAAAAGGUGGUUAGAAAGGGGAGCAGUCGGGCUGUUCUAAACUUAGAGUAACCUGAAGCAAGCCAUGAGGUAUCCCCUGGUUCCUCUGGUGAACGAGCUGACCUUCCCUCUGCUUUUCUUCUGGUUCUGCUUGCCCUUUGUCAUGCUGCUGAUCAUUGCCAUUAUCUGGCUACAGCUGCUGCUUAAUGAAGCACAGAUGCCCAGCACAGAAAAGAUUGAGAAAGAAUCUCCUGAUGAGCCUGAUUCUGACUCUGAAGAUGAAUUAACAGAGGAAGAAAACCAGAGAGAUACAUCUAGUACAGAGAUGCAAGAGGAGUCACAAUCCAGUGGAGCUGUGGGAAGACCGAGGCCCAAACCUGCUUAUCUGAGCUCAAAUCCUAAAAGCCAAAGUCGUCUUGCUGUGACCUCAAACAGCUGCUCCCAGAGGCAGAAGAUAAGAUAUUCCCGUGCUGAAAAGAGUAUUUUCUAUAACAUCCUGAUGAUGAGGUAA